GGUCACAGUCGGGAGCGGUCAGCAUGGCGAACCCCCAGCUGAUGGUGCUGCUGCUCGUCUGCACCCUGCUGGCGACAUCAGCCGGCCAGGGGCGGAAUGACGCUUCAAGGAGGAGAGGAGAUGCCAGUCCCACAGAUGGAUCACCUCGCCCCACUCCACAACCCAAGCGGAUUUGGCAAUGGCCUGUGCUCCACCAAUGGAGAAAUAUUGGUUCGCUGCCAGGCCGUCGGAUUUCCGCAUAUCUACUGAACGGUGCCGACGAUGCCUUGUCUAGGUUCACUCGGCUGCUGACCAAGCCCAUCGGCCUGCAGAAGAACAGCUCCUUCGGCGGCAGUGCCAGAUCGCUGCUCGACGACGCGUGGAACAAACCGCUGCGUCGCCCCGAGAAACCCCCUGGAAACUCUACAGCCGGAGACCAGCAGCCGUCUGAGCCUGCCGACGGUGGAGAGCAGCAAAAGCCCUCCUCUCCACCCCCUACCGAGGAACAGCGGCCUCCCACCUCCGCCCCUCAGCAGCCGACACGAGGGUACAGGCCGCCAGCCUCCUCGCGACCGCCGUACGGCCGAGAUCAAUAUCCAGGGCAGCGGCAGUAUCCAACACGCGAGUCCCCACGGCAGUACCCAGGACAAAACCGGGAUUCAGAGCGAAAUCGGUACCCAGGACAAAGUCGGUACCCAGGACAAAACCAGAAUCCAAGACAAAAUCGGUACCCAGGACAAAAUCGGUACCCAGGACAAAAUCGGUACCCGGGACAAAGUCGGUACCCAGGACAAAACCAGAAUCCAGGUCAAAAUCGGUACCCGCCAGGCCAAAACCAGUACCCAGGCCAAAACCAGUAUCCAGGACCGAAUCGAUAUCCGGGACAAAACAGAUAUCCAGGUCAAAAUCAGGGUCAAGAACAAAACCAGCGUCCAGAGCAGGAUCAGUAUCUUGGCAGUCAGUAUCCCCCACGCCGAAAUCCAACACCACAGUAUCCAGUCGGUCGGUAUCCAGAACAACAGCGAACUACAACAGAGCAGCCGUACCAACCACGCCAGUAUCCAAAUAAUCAAAAUGUGCGGCGUCAGACUCGAACGCAGGGCUAUCACCGAUACCGUCGGCCUGCGCAACGGCAAGACGAAGAGCAGCGUCGGAAUUUCGUGACAACGAGAAGACCUAGACGAUCCCAAUCUCGGACCACGACCAGAAGGCCGGCUCGUUUUCCGACGAUAAAGCCAACUGUAGCUGGAUUCAGACUGCGCACAAAGAGACCACAGUUCCUAUCAAUAACACGGCGCACGCCAAACUAUCAGUUUCCUACAAGAAGACCACAGUUUCCAACUAUUCCUCCAGGUCCGCCUAAGCCAAAUAUUCCAACAGAGCAGCCUCCAGAGCCGACAACUCCCGCCGAAAAGUCUCCAGAGCCUCAGCCGCCACAGCCCCAACCUCCAACAGACCAGCAACCGCAGCCUACGAGUAGGUAUCCAAGAGAACAGCGACCACAGGAGAGGUAUCCAAGAGAGCCGCGACCACAACUCCAGCCCCCAACAGAGCAGCCUCGGUAUCCAUACCAGCAGCAGCCUCAGUCCCAGUAUCCAACUGACCAGCAGCCUUCAUAUCCAACUGAACAACAGCCUCCGUAUCCAACAGAGCAGCAGCCUUGGUAUUUAAAUCCUACAACAAAACGACCUCAACUUCAGUAUCCAUACCAGCGACAACCGCAACACCGAUAUCCAGCAGAACCACAGCCUCAGUAUCCAACGACGCAACCGCCUCGAUAUCAAUACCAGCAACCAGAAUAUCCAUACCCAACAAACCAGCAGCCGCAGACACGGUAUCCAACAACGCAACAGCCUCAGUAUCCACCAAGACAGCAGCAACAGUCCCAAUAUCCAUGGCAGCGACAACCACAAAACCGGUAUCAAACAGAACGGCAACCACAGUCUCAGAGAAGCACACGGCAGCAGCCUUCGUAUCCAACAGAGCAGCAGCCUUGGUAUUCACCUCCAACCACACAACGACCUCAACCUCAGUAUCCAUACGACCAUCAACAGCAGCCACGGUAUCCAACAACGCAGCAGCCCCGGUAUCAAUACCAGCAACCACAAGACCAAUACCCAACGAACCAGCCUCGGUAUCCAACAGAGCAGCAGCCGCAGACCCGACAUCCUCAGAGACAGUAUCCUGAACAGACACAGAACCCCAGGCGGAGACCAGAAACGCCCCAGAGACGGUAUCCAACGCCAGAUGAGCGGGCAAGCCGGCCUCAGAAUCCCACAGAGAAUCCAUACAGACGUUCUCCGCAGAGGCAGCGGCCCGCAGAACCAGAAAAGCCCUCGACUACUGCUAGAACGACUCAGGAGCCUGAAGACGGCAGGAAUUCGCUCUCUAUAAUUGAUAAACUGUAUGCACAGAGAGGACUGCAAUCCUCUGGUUCAGGCAGAAGCAGCUUUCCGUCUCUAGACUCAGGCAAUCUGGGCAAUGCGACCACCACACGUCGAACGUCUGUGAGCAGGCAAAGCAGCGGCGGUGGCAGCAGCAUCUCGUCAGCGGGUUCUUCUCCGUCAGUUGGAGACACCUCUCCGUUAUCUGGAGACACCUCUCCGCUAUCUGGAGACGAGCCGCCGACGGGCACACCGCGCGGAGAGGAGGCUGGUCCGGCGGGGGCCAGAGACGGGUCAGGGCAGGGCGAUGGUAGAGGCAGAGGACCGUGGGUCAGAGACAGGAGUGUCUCCACGACAACUCGUCGGCCCUCGCUCUUCAGUAGCUUCCGGUUCCCUUCGGACAGAAACAGCGGCUUCUUCUACCGUAGGAGAUCGCCGCUAGUUGCCACUGGCGCCUCGAACGCCGGCAAAAAGGAUCGCAACGGCACGUUCGUCGGCUCACGAGGGGACCCGUAAGUAGAUGUGGCUAAUCUAGGGUGGUUAGAUGUGACUUAUUAUUAUCUAAAUGUGGCUUAUCUAACUACAUAUUUGGAAAAUAAGGUUUUCUUAAUGCGAAUCGGCAUCCAUUCAGAUGGCAUUAGCUUGUUUUGCCUGAACGGUAGACAAUUGAAAUGCUUCUGUAAUGUUUCCAGUGAACGCAUUAAUGACACACGGCUUUCGCGGCAUCAGUCAUGUCAGAUCGAUGCAGGCAUUUUGCUAUAAAAAGUUAGGCAUUGGCCGUUAGGUUCCGACAGGUUUUUACCAUCCUCUAUAUCCGAAUGUUAUACCCGGUUGGGCAUUCAAUUUUUGACAUUUUUUUAGUUUCAAUUGAUAGCUAAUUAUGUUAGGCUUGGACUGGCUUUACAGUGCAUUUGCUUUACACCAAAGCAUCAUUUGGCGUGACUGUCAUUUGGGUGUGACUGCACGAAAUGUUCAAAAUAAACAGAAGUUUCA